CAACGGUAAAACGAGGGAGGGGAGGACAAAACAGUCAUAAUUUGAAUUCCAAAUAAACAUAUUUGCUCUACAAGUCUGACAGCUCUGCUUCGGCCUACUCUCUCCCUCCUUCCUCUCUCACUCAACCCAAACUUUGCAGUGAAGAGAGAGAGAGAAACAAAUCCACUGAGACUGAGACUGAGACAGAUAACGAAGAACAACAAUACACAUUUAGAGAGAGAAAACAAAACACAAAGAGAAAAUCGAUCAAAUUCUCAAAUCCCUAAGUUUUCCUUCAUUUUAAUGGCUGGAUACGUCGGAAUUUUAGUGUCAGAUCCAUGGCUUCAGAAUCAGUUCACUCAAGUCGAGCUUCGUAGCUUGAAAUCUCAGUUUCAUACGUUGAGGAGAGAGAGUGGACCUCUUACACUCGCUGAUUUGCCGUUGAAGAUGUCGAACCUCAAGGUUGUUGGAGAGAAUUUAACUGAAGAGGAGAGAGAUUCAUUUCUUCGGAGUAAUUACCAGAACAUGAAUGAUGAAGUUGAUUUCGAGCUCUUUCUUGGAGUCUAUUUGAAGCUGCACGCACAUGCAAGUUCAAAAAUGGGAAGUCCGGUGAAAAACUCGUCAGCAUUUCUUAAGGCUGCUACAACAACAUUGCUUCACACGAUAAGCGAGUCCGAGAAAUCUUCUUAUGUUUCACAUAUCAACAAUUAUCUUGGAGAAGACAAGUUCUUGAAGCAAUACCUUCCCAUUGAUCCGACAACCAAUGAUAUGUUUGAGAUUGUUAAGGAUGGCGUCCUUCUAUGUAAACUUAUCAAUGUUGCUGUUCCUGGGACGAUUGAUGAACGAGCUAUUAACAUGAAGAGCAUGCUCAAUCCAUGGGAGAGAAAUGAAAAUCACACUCUUGGCCUUAAUUCAGCUAAGGCUAUUGGGUGUACUGUGGUUAAUAUAGACUCGCAAGAUUUCAUUGAAGGAAGGCGUCAUCUUGUGCUGGGGUUGGUUGCUCAAAUCAUUAAGAUUCAACUUUUGGCAGACCUCAACUUAAAGAAAACACCUCAGUUGGUUGAGUUAGUGGACAGCAGUGAGGAUGCAGAAGAGCUGAUGAGUCUUCCACCAGAAAAAAUCUUGCUGAGAUGGAUGAACUUCCAACUUAAAAAGUCUGGAUACAAGAAAGUCAUCACUAAUUUCUCCUCUGAUAUUAAGGACGGAGAAGCCUAUGCUCACCUCUUAAACGUACUUGCUCCAGAGCACAAUAAUCCACAAACAUUGAAGGUAAAGGAUCCUCUACAAAGAGCAAAAUUAGUACUCGAACAUGCUGAUAAGAUGGGCUGCAAAAGAUACUUGACAGCUAAGGAUAUAGUGGAAGGGUCACCAAAUCUCAACCUUGCCUUUGUUGCACAUGUAUUUCAACAUAGGAACGGACUCUCUACCCAAGUGAAAGACAUAUCUUUUCUUGAAACUUCACCAGAUGAUGCUCAAGUCUCACGAGAAGAAAGAGCUUUCCGCUUUUGGCUAAAUAGUCUUGGCAAUUCAAAAUGCAUUGACAAUGUAUUUGAAGAUCUAAGAGAUGGAUGGAUACUCUUAGAGACAUUGGACAAGGUCUCACCAAAAAUUGUCAAUUGGAAAGUCGCAAACAAGCCUCCCAUCAAGAUGCCAUUUAAAAAAGUUGAAAAUUGUAAUCAAGCAAUAAAGCUUGGAAAGCAAUUGAAGUUCUCUUUAGUCAAUAUUGCUGGAAAUGAUAUCGUGCAAGGAAAUAAAAAGUUGAUUUUAGCUUACUUGUGGCAAUUGAUGCGAUGCAACAUGAUGCAACUCCUAAGGAACUUAAGGUUCCAUUCUCAUGGGAAGGAAAUCAAUGACGCUGAUAUUCUAGAAUGGGCUAACAGUCUAGUGAAGAACUCUGGAGGACAGUUACGUAUGAGAAGUUUUAAGGAUAAGAGUUUGUCAGAUGGGAUGUUUUUCCUUGAACUUCUUAGUGCGGUACAGCCAAGAGUAGUAAAUUGGAGCCUUGUUACAAAGGGAAUAAGUGAUGAAGAGAAAAGGAUGAAUGCCUCGUACAUCAUCAGUGUCGCGAGGAAACUUGGAUGUUCUAUUUUUUUGCUUCCUGAAGACAUCACUGAGGUCAACCAGAAGAUGAUCCUUACAUUAACAGCAAGCAUAAUGUAUUGGUUCUUGAAUCAACCUGCGGAAGAUAAUAAAUCAUCUAGUUCCUCCGACAGCGAGAAUGGAAGUCAGUCAGAAACCACGUCGAACUCGACCCUGGAUGACGCUGCAUCUGAAUCAUCAUUAGAGUAGGUUGGGCGUAUACAAUUAUGUGAUUAUUCUGUAUGUAUAUGGGAACUUUAACUAAAGUUCUUCCAUUUCCUCCAUUUUUUCUGUUAUUAUUUUUAAUCUUCCGUCAAAGGUUUUGCUUUCCUUGUGAUUUAAGUGCAAGAAAAUGAUAGGGAGCGAGUGUUUUUCUAUAGUCAAUUUUCCAAAGAGAGAAGUUACAUGUGAAUAGCAAGCAAGCAUUCUGUUUAGUUCCUGUAUGUAAUUGACGCUAUGGGAUUUCUCAGCAAAAUUAUAAAUUACUAAAGAUGAACUUCGAAUUA